AUCUCUCCUCCGGUCCCCAUCACUUAGCUAGCCUAGAAUCAUCUCAAGUAGGGCAACGAUGGACCACUGAGAGCGCACCUGAACUGAACCUUUGCGCAACCAUAUAUCUAUCCGGCCGCCCUGAGGUUUGUUGGCGGCCAUCAUGGAGCAGCAGCGGAAGAAGCAGCACCAGCAGCAGCAGAGAGGGAAGUUGCAGAGGGUGCUAAGACAGCAGAAGGCUAGGCUCUACAUCAUCCGCCGAUGCGUCGUCAUGCUCCUCUGCUGGAGUGACUGAUCUCAAGCAUGAUAUGGCACAGCACCGAUCCUGC